AUGGUGUUGGGUUUGGAACUCGGGAAGCUCGAACUCGAUGUCGUCGUUGAUAACCUAGAUGUGGAGGAAGAAAUGCUAGUUUGCGAGUUUGGAGUUGACUUUGAACUAUUACUGGAUAAUAAUCCGGACGUCGAAGUCAAUGAUAGUGAGGAUGUGAAAGUUGUGGUUGACCCAGAUGACGUGCGUGAGCCACUUGUUGUCAAGGACAAAGAAUCCGUCGUGCUCGAGAGUAAACCAGAAGAACUAGAAGUUGAGAUUGAGGUAGACAGUGUACUGCUAGAGCUACUGGUUGAAGUCGAAGGGGUGCUACUUGAGCCUGGCGUGCUUCUGCUUGUGCUGCCCGCAACAUUGGAAGAAGAGCUCGACAAGGCAUUGCUGGAAGAGGAUUCUAAGCUGCUGGCGCUUGAAACCGACACGAAUGUUGAGAUCAAAGAUGUGCUGCUAGUAGUUUUAUUCCGGUUUCCACUUGAUGAUGUAGUGGAGGUGCUCACUAAAUUUUGUCAGCCAGGAUGCUUGACGACAAUGCGUUGGUACUGA